AAAGGCACAUAACAAACAACAAUAUUCUGCGUAGUAGUUCAUAGAAUAUUAUCUAAGAUGAUGAUGAAAAGAAUGGGGGCUUGGAUGUUGCUAGCAUUAUUGACUUUGGUUGGCGAAUGGUAUGGUCGUUGUUAUGGGUGUUUGGAGGAAGAGAGGAUUGGUCUCUUGGAGAUCCAAUCUUUGAUCGACCCAUAUGGAUUUUACUUGAGAGAUUGGAUGGACAGUAGUAAUUGUUGUGAGUGGCGUAGGAUCGAGUGUGAUAACACUACAAGGCGAGUGAUCCAACUCUCUCUUAGAGGUAGAAGGGAUUGGGGGUUAGGCGAUUGGGUUCUCAACGCAUCUUUGUUUCAGCCUUUCAAAGAAUUGCAAAGUCUUGAAUUGGGAAAAAAUGGAAUUGUUGGUUGCUUGGAGAAUGAAGGCUUCGAAGUCCUAUCAUCAAAACUGAGGAAUCUUGACCUAAGUCAAAACCGAUUUAAUAAUGAUAAAAGCAUUUUGUCAUGUUUCAAUGGGCUUUCCACUCUCAAGUCUUUAGAUCUAUCAGACAAUGAGUUGAGAGGAUCAGGUUUCAAAGUCUUGUCAUCAAGGUUGAAAAAGAUGGAAAACCUUCAUCUAAGUGGGAAUCAAUGCAACGAUAGCAUUUUUUCUUCUCUAACUGGAUUCUCAUCUCUCAAGUUCUUAGAUCUAGCAUAUAAUCAGUUGACAGGAUCUGCUAGUAUCAAUAGUUUUCAACUCCAACCGAUGAGGCUGGGAAAGUUAGAGAACCUUGACCUGAGUGGCAAUCAAUUGAACAGCAGCAUCUUAUCAAUUCUUAGUGGGCUUUCAUCCCUCAAGUCUUUGGAUCUAUCAGAUAAUAUGUUGACAGGAUCAGGUUUUGAGAUCAUAUCAUCACAUUUGGGGAAACUCGAGAACCUGGACCUGAGCUAUAAUAUAUUCAACGACAGCAUUUUAUCACAUCUGCAUGGACUUUCUUCUCUCAAGUCUUUAAAUUUAUCAGGCAACAUGUUGCUAGGAUCGACGACUAUCAAUGGUUUAAGGAAGCUGGAAUUCCUGCAGUCAUUGCCAUCCCUGAAGACCCUUUCUCUCAAGGAUACUAAUUUAAGUCAAGGGACUUUCUUCUAUUCAAGCACCCUUGAAGAAUUGUAUCUAGAUAAUACUUCUCUCCCAAUAAACUUUCUCCAGAACAUUGGAGCAUUGCAUGCUCUUAAAGUUUUGUCUGUUGCUGGAUGUGACCUCCAUGGCACCCUACCCGUUCAAGGUUGGUGUGAAUUGAAGAAUCUAAAGCAGUUAGAUCUCUCUGGAAAUAAUUUUGGAGGUUCACUCCCAGAUUGUUUGGGAAACUUGUCCUCUCUACAACUAUUAGAUGUUUCUGAAAACCAGUUUAUUGGAAAUAUUGCCUCCGGUCCUUUUACCAAUCUCAUAUCCCUUGAAUUCCUCUCAUUAUCAAAUAAUCUCUUUGAAGUUCCCACUUCAAUGAAGCCUUUCAUGAACCACUCAAGCCUCAAGUUUUUCUCCAGUGAGAACAACAAACUAGUAACAGAACCUGCUGCCUUUGAUAAUUUGAUUCCAAAGUUCCAACUAGUCUUUUUUCGAUUGUCAAAAACAACGAAAGCACUCAAUGUAGAAAUUCCCGACUUCCUCUAUUACCAAUACGACUUAAGAGUCCUUGAUCUCUCCCACAACAACAUCACCGGAAUGUUUCCAUCGUGGUUGUUGAAGAACAAUACACGAUUGGAGGAACUAUGGCUGAGCGAGAACUCCUUUGUUGGUGCUUUGCAGUUGCAAGAUCACCCAUAUUCGAAUAUGAUCGAAUUAGAUAUAUCCAACAACAACAUGAAUGGUCAAAUUCCAAAAGAUAUUUGUUUGAUCUUUCCAAAUCUAUGGAGCUUAAAGAUGGCUAAGAAUGGAUUCACAGGUGGUAUUCCUUCUUGUUUAGGAAAUAUUAGCUCUUUUUCAGUUUUAGAUUUGUCCAACAAUCAAUUGUCUAUAGUAAAACUAGAACAACUAACAGCUAUAAUGUUUCUCAACCUAUCAAACAACAAUUUGGGUGGGCAAAUACCAACCUCGGUGUUCAAUUCUUCUAGCCUUGAUGUUCUCUUCCUAAGUGGUAACAACUUUUGGGGUCAGAUAUCAGAUUUUCCGUUAAAUGGGUGGAAAGAGUGGGUUGUAUUGGAUUUGAGUAACAAUCAAUUUUCAGGUAAGGUUCCAAGAUGGUUCGUCAAUUCUACAUUCCUUAGGUCAAUUGAUUUGUCCAAAAACCAUUUUAAAGGUCCGAUCCCAGGAGACUUUUGUAAGCUUGACCAGCUUUUAUAUUUGGACCUUUCUAAGAACAACUUGUCUGGAUAUAUACCAUCUUGUUUCAGUCCACGGACUCUAAUCCAUGUGCAUCUAUCCGAAAAUAGAUUGAGCGGUCCAUUAACACAUGGAUUUUAUAACAGCUCUUCCCUGGUUACGAUGGAUCUUCGAGACAACAGCUUCACCGGCUCCAUUCCAAAUUGGAUUGGCAAUCUUUCAUCAUUGAGUGUUCUUCUUCUAAAGGCUAAUCACUUUGAUGGUGAGCUCCCUGUUCAGUUAUGCUUAUUAGAAAAAUUAAACAUUUUGGAUGUUUCACAAAACCAGCUCUUUGGUCCACUACCCUCUUGUUUGGGCAAUCUUACUUUCAAGGAAAGUUCCCAGAAAGCGUUCGUGUAUCUCAGAUAUGUUUUUCUAACCAAGUCCAUAAAAGAAGCUUAUUAUGAAACAAUGGGUCCACCAUUAGUGGAUAGUAUGUACAACUUGGAAAAAGGUUUUCAGCUUAACUUUACAGAAGUGAUAGAAUUUACAACUAAAAAUAUGUAUUAUAGUUACAUGGGGAAAAUUCUUAACUAUAUGUAUGGUAUUGAUCUCUCCAAUAACAACUUCGUAGGAGCAAUCCCACCAGAAUUUGGAAACUUAAGUGCGAUACUGUCAUUAAACUUAUCACACAACAAUCUCACUGGAUCUAUCCCUGCAACAUUCUCAAACCUAAAGCAUAUUGAGAGUUUGGAUCUUUCUUACAACAACUUGAAUGGUGCCAUCCCUCCACAACUUACUGAAAUUACCACACUGGAAGUUUUUAGUGUGGCGCACAAUAACUUGUCAGGUAAGACGCCUGAGAGAAAAUAUCAGUUUGGGACCUUUGAUGCAAGCUGUUACAAAGGAAAUCCUUUCUUGUGUGGAACUCCAUUGCAAAACAAUUGUAGUGAGGAAGCAGUGCCGUUGCAGCCAGUGCAUAAUGAUGAACAAGGAGAUGAUGGUUUCAUAGACAUGGAGUUUUUCUACAUCAGUUUCGGUGUAUGUUACACGGUUGUGGUGAUGACGAUUGCAACUGUUCUCUACAUCAAUCCAUAUUGGCGACGCAGGUGGUUGUACUUCAUCGAAGACUGCAUAGAUACUUGCUACUAUUUUGUGGUGGCUAGUUUUCACAAGUUCUCCAACUUCAGAAGGUGAAUUUGUUACUGAGGAGACGAUCUUUCCUGGUUUGUGAUGAUUGUUUGUCUAGUUGUUGGGUGCUUAAUUUGUAGUGUACUAUCUCUAAGCUCAGCCUUUCUAUUUGACUAGUUAUUUCGGCUAAAUAUAUAAGCUGGACUUCUCAUUCCUGA